UAUAAAGAAGUUGUGGAUGCUACUGGCUGUUCCGAAGCAAUCAAUCACCAUCAAUAAUCAUACCAACUAAUAACGCCUCUGAAUCUCUCGCCAGAUCCAUUUCAAACCGAAUCACAAAGCUUGAUUCGAAGCUUCCCUUUCUUGUCUGAUAGUUUCUUCCUUUGUUUCAUCAAUGGCGGCCUUUAUCAAUCUGGAAGACUCCCCAAUGUUUCAGAAACAGGUUUGUUCCUUGGAAGGGACAGCUGAAGAGCUUAAAGAUCGUUGUCAGAAGCUAUACAAAGGUGUUAAGAAGUUUAUGGGAGUUCUGGGAGAAGCAUCAAAAGGAGAAAGUGCCUUUGCAGAUUGUCUUGAAGAAUUUGGGGCUGGACAUGAUGAUCCUAUCAGUCUUUCAAUUGGAGGCCCCGUUAUAUCCAAAUUCAUAAAUACUCUUCGAGAGCUUGCCUCUUAUAAGGAGUUUCUUUGCUCACAGGUGGAGCAUGUGUUACUUGAGAGGUUGAUGAACUUUAUUAAUGUUGAUCUACAGGAAGCUAAGGAGUCUCGCCAUCGAUUUGAUAAAGCUGCUCAUUCCUAUGAUCAGUCUCGUGAGAAGUUUGUGUCUCUAAAGAAGAAUACAAGAGGAGAAAUUGUUGCGGAGUUGGAAGAGGAUCUGGAGAACUCAAAGUCAACAUUUGAGAAGAGCCGUUUUAACCUCGUCAACUCACUGAUGACUAUUGAAGCUAAAAAGAAGUAUGAGUUUUUGGAAUCUAUAAGUGCAAUUAUGGAUGCUCAUCUCAGAUAUUUUAAACUUGGAUAUGACUUGCUGGGUCAACUGGAACCAUAUAUCCAUCAGAUAUUAACAUAUGCACAACAGUCAAAAGAACAGUCGAAGAUUGAACAAGAUCGACUAGCUAGACGUAUUCAAGAAUUCAGAACGCAGUCUGAAUUAGACAGCCAGCAACUUGCCGCUAAUGCGGAGAUCUCUGGUGUCAAUGGAAACCGUGUUGUAGGAACUAUCCCUUAUAAAAAUACCGAAACAAGUUUAACAGCAGACAAGGAAGUAAUUAAACAAGGGUAUUUAUUAAAGCGAUCAUCAAGUUUGAGAACUGAUUGGAAAAGGAAGUUUUUUGUCCUUGAUAGUCAUGGCUCCAUGUACUAUUACAGAAACAAUGGCAAUAAAUCAAUGGGAUCACAGCAUCACUAUAGUGGUUCUUCUGACCAUACCGGCGUCUUUGGUCGGUUCCGUGCAAGACACAAUCGAUCAGCUUCUCUCACUGAAGGCAGCUUAGGCUAUAAAACCAUCGAUCUCCGCACUUGUUUGAUAAAAUUGGAUGCAGAAGACAUGGAUCUCAGGCUAUGUUUCAGAAUCAUUUCUCCUCAAAAAACUUACACACUUCAGGCUGAAAAUGGAGCGGAUAGGAUGGACUGGGUAAACAAAAUCACAGCAGCUAUAGGGACGCUUCUGAAUUCUCAUUUUCUGCAACAGUCGCCAGUUCAGUACACUGGUUCUGCUCCUCCAAAAGGUGUUGUCUCCAUGGAUCAGAGUCAACAUAAUGAUGCAAGACGAGAUAUGGGGGACGAUGUCUCCACAAUACUCAGAGGCAUUGCAGGGAAUAAUGUAUGUGCAGAGUGCAAUGCUCCUGAUCCCGAUUGGGCAUCGUUGAAUCUUGGAGUCUUGUUGUGCAUUCAGUGCUCUGGUGUACACAGGAACCUAGGGGUUCAUAUAUCCAAGGUGAGAUCCCUCACACUAGAUGUGAAAGUGUGGGAGCCAACGAUCUUGGACUUAUUUAGAAAUUUGGGAAAUUUGUACUGUAACUCACUGUGGGAAGGGCUACUUCACCUUGACGAUGACUGUGAAAACGAAUCAACAUUGUCACGUGCUUCAAUUUCAAAACCAUCUCCAGACGAUUCCUUUACUGUGAAGGAGAAAUACAUUCUAGCGAAGUACCUGGAGAAAGCAUUAGUUAUCAAAGACGAAAGCAAAGCCAACCCUUCUGCUGCAAGUAGAAUAUGGGAAGCUGUUCAAAGCAGAAACAUACGAGAAAUAUACCGACUGAUCGUAACUUCGGGGGAUGUGAAUUUCAUCAACACCAAGUUCGAUGACAUAACUGAUGUCGAUGCUUAUCAUCACGCUGACGCAUCAGAGGAAGCGGUAAAGAAAAGACGAGACCCAACUGCGUGUCAGAGAAUCAAAGACUCCAACGAACCAGGAAACUGUCUUCAAGGAUGUUCCUUGCUCCACGUGGCUUGUCACAUUGGUGACUCUGUUUUGCUUGAACUGUUGUUGCAGUUUGGUGCUGACCCAAACAUGAGAGAUUACCACGGAAGGACUCCGUUGCACCAUUGCAUAUCUUCAGGGAACCACAAAUUUGCAAAGAUUCUACUCCGAAGAGGCGCACGUCCAUCGAUAGAGGAUGAUGGAGGGCUAAGCGUGCUGGAAAGAGCAAUGGAAAUGGGAGCCAUAACCGAUGAAGAGCUCUUUCUUCUCUUAGCCGAGUGCGCUUAGAACCAACACUUUUGAUUACAUUUUGGAGACACCAGAAUGCAAAACCAUGGGCUGAUUCAAUUUGCUACAACUUCACAAAUAUUCUUGUUUGGGAAUAUAAAAGUUGUGGAAUCUUUUAUUGGAAAAAAUAGAUUAAAAAAUUUACAAGUUACACUAUAAGCAAUGGAGAUCUGGUUGUUUAUAUGUUCAAAACAUUAUAAUUUUUUCUGUUUUGAUUAAUGAAGUUUAUGUAUCAAACUA